AUGAAGUUCUCUACUGUUCUUUGCUCUACCCUCCUCGCCGGCAGCGCCGUCGCCGCUCCUCUGACUGAGAAGCGUCGCGCUCGCAACGAAGCCCGCAUCCAGGCGCGCAAUGCCCGCAAGAGCAACCCUCCUCUCGUCCCCGACACCCAGGAGAUCUUGCAACUCAACAAGACCACCCAGGAGCAGUACAGCUCCAACUGGGCUGGUGCCGUGCUCAUCGGAUCCGGCUACACCUCCGUGACUGGCGAAUUCACCGUUCCCAGUCCGUCCGUGCCCUCUGGCAGCUCCUCCCGCGGCGAAUACUGUGCUUCUGCCUGGGUCGGUAUCGACGGCGAUACCUGCACCAGCGCCAUUCUGCAGACUGGUAUCGACUUCUGCGCCCAGGGCAGCUCCGUCUCCUUUGACGCCUGGUACGAGUGGUACCCCGACUAUGCGUACAACUUUGACAACUUCGACAUCUCCGUCGGCGAUAAGAUCAAGGUCACUGUCGACGCCAGCAGCAAGACCACCGGUACUGCGACUGUCGAGAACGUCUCCACUGGUCAGAAGGUCACUCAUACCUUUAACGGCGGUGUGGAUGGCGACUUGUGCGAGACCAACGCUGAGUGGAUCGUUGAGGACUUCGAGUCCAGUGGCUCGCUGGUUUCGUUCGCGGACUUUGGUACUGUCACUUUCACCGGAGCCGAGGCGUCGACUGGCCGGUCCACCGUUGGACCUUCGGGCGCUACUCUGAUUGAUAUCAGACAGAAUGGUGAUAUCCUGACUUCUUCUUCUGUCUCUGGCAGUGAGGUUACUGUCGAGUACCUUUAA